GAUACAAGAGAGACGAGAGAUAGAAGGAGAAAUAUUGUGAGAGGCUAAAAAUCAAGAGAAGGGCAGAUGACUUGGUGGAAUUGAGGGAUACAACAACAAUUCGGAUGCAGGGACACGCUGGGAUUGAGAGGACAAUGCAGAGGAAUAUUUUUGUUCUCCUCCUGACACCCUAAGGAGCGAGCAUCCUGUGCUAAGUGGAGAGAGGGGAAGGAAACAGGAGAUAAUCACACUCCACUUGGCUUUGGCCUCUGAGUCUGUGCCUAGCCUAAAUGUUUGUUUCCCACUGCGAUAAAAAAAAAUUGCCUCAACUUUCUGCUCUUGUCAUUUUUUUCCUAAACGACGUACCAGUGCGGUAGGAUCUCAGUUUCCCGUCUCCAUCUCUGCUGGUGCAGGAGUGAUGCUGGGAUGCUCUGAUGGCUAAUUGAGCCGAGCCCAAUCGCUGUUGCCGCCGUUACUCCUUAGGCCUGCGGGACUGCUGGAAAAACCUAGCCCUCGCUUUUCAGGGGUGCCUGGCUGCAUGACUGAGACGACGGGCCGGCGAGCUCCCCUACCGUUUAAGGGUGAAAGAGAUACUGACGAGGAUGAGGAGCGCUGUUAGCAUGCUUACCCAUGGGAAAGAGCACAUACGACAGCUGUCUUCAUCUUUCCAGGCACAUUUCUGAAGCUUCGAUUUCUUCUACAACAUUGGUGAUGCUCAUAAGGCCUUCCUCUUGUUUCUAACAGGAGACUGGAUUCCACAUUUGGAGGCAAGAAAGUCAGAGGCCUUCGCCUCCCUGCUACUUGAUGCAAACAAAGCCUCCUCCCUACUUGCGACUCUGAGUGAACUAGAUCUUUGCAUUUCUUUUUCUUGACCUUCUAAGGAUUUGCCAAACCUGUUUCAUGCAUGUCCACUGGAGGCAGGUUUGACUUUGAUGAUGGGGGGUCGUACUGUGGGGGCUGGGAACAGGGAAAAGCCCACGGCAGAGGGGUCUGCACAGGACCCCAGGGUCAGGGCGAGUACGCGGGGGCAUGGAGUCACGGCUUUGAGGUCCUCGGUGUAUACACGUGGCCCAGUGGUAACAGCUAUCAGGGCACCUGGGCGCAGGGCAAGCGGCACGGCAUUGGAGUGGAGAGCAAGGGCCGCUGGGAUUAUCGAGGAGAAUGGACGCAAGGGUUCAAAGGUCGCUAUGGACAGCUGGAGAGCACAGCCAGCGGUGCCCGCUAUGAGGGAACGUGGAGCAACGGCCUCCAGGAUGGAUAUGGAACUGAAACCUAUUCUGAUGGAGGAACCUACCAGGGCCAGUGGCUGGGUGGAAUGCGUCAUGGCUACGGUGUGCGGCAGAGCGUGCCAUACGGCAUGGCGGCCGUCAUCCUAUUCCCUCUGCGAACAUCCAUAAACUCCCUCCGUUCUGAGCACAGUCACGGCCCACCGGCUGUGCUUGAGGAUGGCGUAGCCAAUACACCCACGGACGGGGUAGUGGCUGGGCUGGCUGGCAGUCCUGUGGGUCGAGGAGGGUUUGCUCUAACUGCUCCAAGUGAAGCUGAGCGCCAGAGAAAAAGGAAAGGUCGCUUCCGACAAUCCAUCCUGAAUGGUCUGAAGCUACGGCGCUCGGAAUCCAAAAGCUCACUUGCCAGUCAGCUGAGCAAGCAAAGUUCCUUCUGCAGCGAAGCGGGCAUGAGCACGGUCAGCUCGGCUGCGUCCGACAUCCACUCUAAUGCUAGUGAGAAUGAACACGGUACUCCUGUGGAUGCAACUGUGACAGAAAUGUAUGCAGGUGAGUGGCGGAGCGAUCACAGGGCUGGCUGGGGCAUGAGUCGACGCUCGGACGGCCUUCACUACGCGGGUGAAUGGGCAGGGAACAAAAGACAUGGGUAUGGAUGCACUACCUUUCCUGAUGGCACCAAGGAGGAAGGGAAGUACAAGCAGAACGUGUUGGUGAGCGGCAAGCGGAAGAACCUGAUUCCACUGAGAGCCAGUAAAAUCAGAGAGAAGGUGGAUCGAGCUGUGGAAGCUGCAGAAAAGGCUGCGGAAAUUGCCAAGCAGAAAGCAGAGAUUGCCAUGUCAAGAAUGAGCCACGCACGUGGAAAGGCAGAGGCGGCUGAGGGAGUUGCACAGAAGGCCAUGGAAGAAUGUCGACUCUCCCGGAUAGCAGCCAAAGAGCUCUCACCCUCCUUUCACAUCUAUGGCAAUGGGCUGGAAUGUCAGAAGCUCCAGCACCAGGACGCCAAGGACAAAGACCAUGAGGUCAUCUCCACCGGAACAGACAGUCCAGAGCUAUGUACUCCGGACACGACACCGCCUGUAAUAACGCCUCAUCUCAGUCCUGUGCUGAGUGUCCCCAUCUGUCCAACUCGCAGCCCACCCAAUCAUAUGCAUCGCCCCAGAAAUGCUUGCUUCAUGAGACAGAGUGCCGUGGACGAUCAAGGCGGGUCAGAGAUCCAGGUGCUAGUGGAGUCACGGGAUAUGGACCUGCUGAAAGGGGGUUCUAACAAUUGGGUGGAUGGUGUGUACCCGGAUCGAGGAUGUAGCAGCCGUUCAACAACGCCCUCUUUACUAGAAGAACAGGAGGGACAAAUUAAUGGCCACGAUCCCGUCCUUUUGUCCAACCACAAGCUACGGGAUAAAUCAAUGUCCAAUCACAAAGUCCGGGAGCACACGUCUUCCCACAGAGCAUGGGAGAACUCUGUGUCCAGCCAAAAAUCCUCCAAGCAUGCCUCUUCCAAUCACAAGUCGAGGGAGUACACAUCAUCCAAUCAUAAAACAUGGGAUCCUUCUUCUACCAACCACAAGGCUUGUGAGCAUACCACUUCCAACUAUAGGCAGGUACACAUUUUGUCCAGUCAAAAGGCUUUGGAACAUAACAUGUCUAAUCACAAGACUUCUGAGCAUGCUUCCUCCAAUCACAACUCCCAAGAUCAUAUUUCUUCCAAUCACAGCCCCAAUGACCAUGUGGCCUCCAGUUACUUCCGAAAGCAUGUCUUCUCCAACCACCUAAAGCAGCACAAUCCCUCCAACCACAAGCAUAACGAGCAUGCUGUAAUUGACCAAAGGCAAGACGGCCACACCGAGGGCUGGACUGCAGUUACCACCCUUAGGUGGAGCCCUGCCCACUCACGCCUCACAGAGCAAGAUGAGGAGAAGAUGAAUGAAUACACAGUCGACAUGAGGCUUCAGUGUCCGGAAUCGCAGAUACUGCAGGGGUUGGCUGAGGAUUCGCCUGCAGCCCUAAAAAACAAUAGGCUGCGAUCCCGAGCCCUGAGGCCAGUUAGAGAGGGAUCUGUGGACUCGGUCCAAAUGCUUGACAAUUUGAGUGUGGGGGCAGAGUUGGAGGACUGGCCGUUGCAUAGGGACCUCACCCUCUCCCCACCGCUUCAGUCUCAGCCCAUCACACUGGAGCAGGAAGGAGAGCUUUUCCCACUCAAAUCAAACUCAGGCUCCAGCUCCAUUCUGGUGGUUAUGGUCAUCUUACUCAAUAUUGGAGUAGCCAUUCUUUUCAUUCAUUUCUUUAUUUAGGAUGAAACAGGUAUGAGUAAUGCAUUAUAUUAUAUUCUUACUUGUUGCAAUGGACAUUCAGCUUCUUCCACUGGAGCCCGCAGCCUUGAUGACAGAUGCAGAGCCUCGGUGAAGAGGCCCAUUUCAGUUUCUGCAUGGUCACCAUUUCUUUUCCUCCUUUUAUCUUAUUUCAUAUUGGUUUUGAGUUUGCAACCAUCAAAAAGAGGAUUGACAAUGUUUCACAAUAAAGUUGAAAAUUGCAGCUUUAUGAUUGCGGCAUUUUUGGACACAUAUGCAUGGGUGUCCAUUGCAUACUGUCAAAUGGACAGUCACAGGCAGAUUUGGUUCAUUUUCCACCAAUCCAGAGGAAAAAAUGAAUGUGGUUAUCAUCUAACAUGCAAGUACGCAAAACACACUACAAAUUUGCACUGCACAUUAAAACAAAAGAUUUGUCCUUCAACACUUUAUCAUCUUGGUCCCCAUUACCAAUUUCAUACCCCUAUUCACACUAUGCGCUACAUACAGAAAUAUGCUGCAAGAGUAGAUCCAUUCAAAGGGCUCAGCCAUUAUUUCUUUAUUUACUCUAUUUUAAACCCACUUGAAGCUUUUGCAUGAGGUUGUGUGGGAUGUUAAAUUGCAUCGUCAAUCCCUUUAACAUCACUAUUUCGUCUUCAUUUAUUUGGAUUACAUCCUAGUCAUCACUUCUUGUUGCUUCUUGUUUAGAGCCGCCACACUCCAUACACUGCUGGCCAAAAGUAUUGGCACCCCUGAAAUUCUGUCCGAUAAUGCUAAAUUUCUCCCAGAAAAUGAUUGUAAUCACAAAUGCUUUAGUAGUAACAUCUUCAUUUAUUUUGCUUGCAAUGAAUAACCACAAAAGAGAACGAAACAAAAUAUUAAAUCAUUAUCAUUUCACACAAAACUCCAAAAAUUGGCCGGAAAAAAGUACAGUGGUACCUUGGCAUACGAUCGACAUCCGACAUCAAAUUUGACUCGCCAUUGGUUUCUACAUCCGACGACAUGCUCGAAAUACGAUGAGAUGACAGCACCGCAGACAUACGCACGGCAGUUUUUCUUGUGUGAGAAAUCAACGCAGGUUUCAAAAAUGUUGGUACAGGUGGUGAAACAAGGAAAAAGGUGACGCUUACCUUCUAGAUGAAGAUGCAAAUUAUAGAAAAAUAUGAGUGUGGGGUGCGCAUCCUUGAACUGGCUCAACAAUACAUCUCCACGGUUCUCUUCCGACCACCGUUCGCCAGUCAUUAUAAGUUAAGCUAACAAUUAUUAUUGUGGUAACAUCGCCAAAGAAAUCACCAGCUUCGUCACGUUUUUAUCAUUUAUUUCACAACUUAUUCAACACAAAACGCCUCCUGAACGCCACAGUUGACAACGUUCUCAAGAAAACAUUGAAAGUGAAAGUGAAACUCUCAAGCUCACCGUUCUCGGGCACAGUGCGUUCAGGUACAGCAAAAAACAUCCGCCACAUUAGAACCUGAUUCGAUACAUUAUUACAGGAAUAGUAAUUAUUAUUAUUAUUAUUAUAUUAUUCCGAUUUUUACGUAUAAUUUAUUUGUUUUGCUAUGUGCAAUUGCCAUUUGUAAUAGUACCAGCAGUAUUUAUUAAGGAUUUAGUGUAGGUUUUUGGGCUGUGGAACGAAUUAAUGGAAUUAUAAUGUAUUUCUAUGGGAAAAUCCUGCUCGACAUACGACCAUUUUGACUUACAAACAAGGUCCUGGAACGAAUUAACUUCGUUGGUAGCACAACUUUUAGACAAAAUAACUGUGAACAACCACUUCCGGUAUCCAUUAAUUAGUUUCUUACAAUGCUCUGCUGGAAUUUUAGACCAUUCUUCUUUGGCAGACUGCUCCAGGUCUCUGAGAUUUGAAGGGUGCCUUUUCCAAACUGCCAUUUUCAGGUCUCUCCACAUGUGCUCUAUGGUAUUCAGGUCUGGACUUAUUGCUGGCCACUUUAGAAGUCUCCAGUGUUUUCUCUCAACCCAUUUUCUUGUGCUUUUUGAAGUGUGUUUUUGGUCAUUGUCCUGCUGGAAGACCCAUGACCUCUGAUGGAGACCUAGCUUUCUCACACUAGGCCCUACAUUAUGCUGCAAAAUUUGUUGGUAGUCUUAAGAUUUCAUAAUGCCAUGCACCGGUCAAGCAGUCGAGUGCCAGAGGAAGCAAAUCAACCCAAAAACAUCAGGGGACCUCCAACAUGUUUGACUGUGGGGACAGUGUUCUUUUCUUUGAAGGCAUCGUUUUUUCCCCCCUGUAAACUGUAUGUUGAUGCCUUUUCCCAAAAGCUCUACUUUUGUCUCAUCUGACCAGAGAACAUUCUUCCAAAAUGGUUUUGGUUUUUUCAGGUAAGUUUUGGCAAACUCCAACCUGGCUUUAUUAUGUCUCUGGGUCAGAAGUGGGGUCUUCCUGGGUAUCCUACCAUAGAGUCUCUUUUCAUUCAGACACCGACGGAUAGUACUGGUUGACACUGUCGUACCUUCGGACUGCAGGACAGCUUGAACUUGUUUGGAUGUUAGUCGAGGUUAUUUAUCCACCAUCCGUACAAUUUUUUGUUGAAAUCUCUCGUCAAUUUUUCCUUUCCGUCCACAUUUAGGGAGGUUAGCCACAGUGCUAUGGGCUUUACACUUAUUGAUGGCACUGCGGACGGUAGACACGGGAACAUUCAGGUCUUUGGAGAUGGACUUGGAGCCUUGAGAUUGCCCAUGCUUUCCUCACAAUUUUGCUUCUCAAGUCCUCAGACAGUUCUUUGGUCUUCUUUCUUUUCUCCAUGCUCAAUUUGGUACACACAAGGACACAGGACAUAGGUUGAAUCAUCUUUAAUCCAUGUUAACUGGCUACACGUGUUAUUUCGUUAUUGCCAACACCUGUUAUGUGCCACAGGUAAGUAACAGGUGCUGUUAAUUACACAAAUUAGCGAAGCAUCACAUGAUUUUUCAAAGGGUGCCAAUACCUUUGUCCGACCCAUUUUUGGAGUUUUGUGUAAAAUUAUAAUGAUUUUUUUCCCCAUUCUCUUUUGUGUUUUUUCAUUGCAAACAAAAUAAAUUAAGAUACUACUACCAAAGCAUUUGUAAUUGCAAUCAUUUUCUGGGAGAAAUUGAGCAUUAUCUGACAGAAUUGCAGGGGUGCCAAUACUUUUGGUCAGCAGUGUACAACCAAAUCAUUGCAUCAUGUAUGAUUAGUGAACUUUUUUUUGGAUGUCUCAUCAACAUGUUUCAAGACAAACAUUUAUACUCAAGAAAUUUAUAUUUUUUUAUGUCAUCACUCCUUCUCGUGCAUCAGAUACACAUUCGCGCGCCAACCAAACAUAUGACACAUUUAACUGCUAACAUAUUGAGAGGAAUUCUGCCUUGUCCCUUUGUACAGCCUCCAGACUGUUAUGUUAUGACCACUAAUUAUACUAAAUAUGUGUACGUGUCAUUAUUAUUCGAGUUUGACACAUUUUGCAAGCCAGAGAGAAUGCAGAGUGCCUCAUAUUAAUUCAGUUUCCUUCUCAAAUUAAUUUUCAUGUAAACUGCAAUGAAAUACACAGUGAUGCCAGGCUAAGAAGAAAGAGGUAACACGACUUACACUCCCCACUUAACCAGGAAUGGCAUGCACUGUUUUGACUCUGUCUCUUAGUCGCCCUUUGGACCACACAAAAUGGGGAAGGUGGGGUUUCUACAGUGUCGUUUCCUGACACUUUUUGGACCGGAUAAGAUUUUUCCGCAUGUUUGUUCAGCCUGCUCAAUCUGGUGUCACUUUGUAAAGUCUUUCCUUCUCGUCUCUUUUAUUAAGUAACACAAGGCUAGAUGAGACAUGGAGAGCAGUGUGAAAUAAAUGCUAGCUUUUAACUCUCAGUGGAUAUUGAAAUGUCCUGAAUUUAUGAAUGAUAUAAAAAUAAACUCUCUACUAUUAUAUGUUUUAUACUUCGCACCCAGUGGCAUCAUCAUGUUGUGAGAUCAUUGCAUGCCGGAGCAUGCUAUUUCUUACGCUUUGGUUUAUGAGGUUGUUAAUGUGGAGAA